AUGUCAGGCCGAGGAAAGGCUGCUGGAAAGAAGGCAGUGAGCAGAUCAGCAAAGGCAGGACUUCAAUUUCCUGUGGGUCGUAUAGCCCGUUUCCUCAAGGCUGGAAAGUAUGCCACUCGGGUUGGUGCCGGUGCUCCAGUGUACCUUGCUGCAGUCCUCGAAUACCUAGCUGCUGAGGUUUUGGAGCUUGCCGGGAACGCCGCCAGGGAUAACAAGAAGACUCGCAUUGUCCCGAGACACAUUCAGCUGGCCGUGAGGAACGACGAGGAGCUCAGCAAGCUAUUAGGAAUGGUUACCAUUGCUGCUGGUGGUGUUUUACCAAACAUCCACUCCGUCCUGCUUCCGAAGAAGUCGGCGGCUGACAAGGGCGAGACCCCAGAACACCGCGUGAAGCUGGGCGAGUUCGUGCGAGAUGACAAGUCUCUCCUAGAAGACGGUGGGAACCUGCACGCCAUAUGGAACGAAGCCGUCGAAACGCUCGCCGUGCUGACGGCGGGCAGCGUGCUACACUUCUACGAUGUGCGCACCACGCCCAAGCCGCUGCGCCUCGUGUCGCCAGACUCGCCGCCCUCUCUGCUCGCCCUCAAGUUCCGCUCCUCCACGCGCGUGCCUCUCUUCGGGGACAACGUCUCCAUGUACGCACCCCCUCCCCUCCUCACCCUCUUCCACACUGCCUUCCGCUCCUCCACUCGCAUGCCUCUCUUUGGGGACAACGUCUCCAUGUACGCACCCCCCCCUCUUCCCCCCCUUCCUCACCACCCCCCACCCCACCCUCCCCUCUCUCCCAACCCCCUCCCUCUCCCUCCCUCCCCUUCCACACUACUGUUUCAGAGCUGUCUCCUCAUCCCGUUCCCCCCUUCUUCCUCCCGCUUCCGCUCUCCCCCCCUUCCGGGCAGCAAUGGCGUUGUGGCGGACGAGGACCAUAUCCUGCUGCGGCGGCCGGCCAGCCGCUCCCUCAUGCCGUUUCCCCCUCCCUCCCCCGUGCACCCCCUCUCCCCACUCUUUGCUCUCCUUUCUCCCCCUCCCUCCCCCCCCCUUACCCUUCCGGGCAGCAACGGCAUGGUGGCAGACGAGGAUCACAUUCUGCUGGGGCUGUCCACUGGCCGCCUGCACCUCGUGUCCUGGCGCGGCCAGGUGAGUGCGCACACGCACGCGUGUGCAGCUGCGGGGCACGGCGGACCUGUGGCGCAAGCACAGCAGGGAGGUGGUGGGGUGGGGCCCAUGUAUGUUCCCGAAGCCAACGGCCUACCCAGUACGCCCCACUCCCUUUCUCCACUCAUCGUUUCUCCCCCUUCCCCCCCCAUCUCCCCCCCAGCUGCGGGGCACGGCGGACCUAUGGCGCAAGCACAGCAGAGAGGUGAUGGGACCCAUGUACGUGCCAGAAGCCAACGGCCUGCCCAGCACGCGCCGCUCCCUUCAUCCACUCCCCUCAUUCCCCUCGUUCUCGUUCUUUCACUCCCCCCCUCUCCCCAGCUGCGGGGCACGGCGGACCUAUGGCGCAAGCACAGCAGGGAGGUGGUCGGCCCCAUGUACGUCCCAGAAGCCAACGGUCUUCCCAGCACGCCCCACUCGCCGCGCUCCUCCCCACUCGCCCCCUCCUCCUCCUACCCGUACCCCGCCUCCCCGCCCGCCCCCUCCGCCGCCCCUCCCUCCACCCCCAACGGCCGCUCCAGCGGAGGAGCAGACACAGGGGGCGCAGGAGCAGGGGGAGCGGGAGCAGGAGGAGCAGGGGGAGGGGUGUCACAGAUGGUAUAUUCCCCGGCGCUGCGGCUGAUAGCGGUGGUGCUGGUGGAUGGGCGAGUGGUGCUGUGCUCCACGGGCGAGAGGGGGCUGAGGCCCGUGGAGGAGGUGACGCCAGAGAAGUGGGUGGGCGUGGUGGACGCGGCUACUGUGGCUGUGGGCGAGAGGCAGCAGCUGCUGGCUGUGGGCAGCAGAAGGGGGACGGUUGAACUGUUUGAUUUGGCCAGGAGCUCUGCACACCUCAGGACUGUACUCACUGGGGGACACGGGGGCAGUGGCGUGCAUAUGCUGGUCGCCAGACAACCUGGCAUUUGCAGUGGGGUGGAAGCUGCGUGGUCUAGCCGUGUGGUGUCACUCUGUGUCUUGCAGCCUCCCUUGUCACCCAUUCUUCAUCCCCUUCUCUGGUAUUCACUGGAGGACACGGGGGCAGUGGCGUGCAUAUGCUGGUCGCCAGACAACCUGGCAUUCGCAGUGGGGUGGAAGCUGCGAGGCCUAGCCGUGUGGUCCGUGUCAGGCUGUCGCCUCAUGUGCACCAUCCGCCAGGGCUCCAUGAGCCUCCUUCCCCCCUCCUCCUCCUCCUCUUCCACCACCACCGCUGGUAUCACCAGUCCCCGGAGCUCCGCCGCAGGCUCGGACCCAGCCUCCACGCCAGGCUCGGCAGCAGCCGGGUCCGCUACAGCCGCUGUGGUGAAGAGCAGUGAGCCGAUGGUGGGGGGCGUGGCGGCUGUAGCGUGGGGGGAAGAGGGGUACCAGCUUGUAGCGGCGGAAGCAGGGAUGGUGGGGGAGGUGGCGGUGGGGGUGAGGGGGCGGCAGGCGGGGCGGCUGGUGCAGUUUGCGUUUGCGCGGCAGUGCUCGAGUAAGGCGGUGGCGGGGAGCUCUCAUGUGUGGCAGGCCAUGGCUGGUGCGGAUAGGGUGCUGUUGGUGCAGAGUAAUGAGGAGGAGGAGCUGAGGGUGCAGCACCUGGUCAUCCCGUGCUCAUGCAAGGGGAUCGCGGGUUCAGACCGAGUGCUGCUGGUGCAGAGCAACGAGGAGGGGGCUGCGGGUGCCGCACCUGCCCAGCAAACGUACAUGGGCGCGCGUUGGGCCGUCCCCUCACCCACGUCACUUCCCCUCUUCCCUCCCAGCAAAGGCGUUUUCUACCCUCAAACGUACAUGGGGGUGAACUGGCCAGUCCGGCACGUGGCAGCGAGUGAUGACGGGUCGUACCUGGCAGUGGCGGGGCGGCGGGGAGUCAUCCUGCACAACCUGCGCUCCAACAAGUGGCGCGUGUUUGGGGACGUGAUGCAGGAGAGGGCUGUCAAGUGCGAGGGGCUGCUGUGGGUCGGCAAGAUCAUCAUCGUGUGCAACCACCGGGUGGCGUCCCACUCAUACGAGCUCUGUCUCUACCCGCGUUUCCACCUGGACGAGUCAUCGCUGCUGUGCCGCCAACCGCUCCCAGCGCGGCCUAUAGCGCUGGACGCGUGGGGAGACUACAUUCUGGUGGCCACGCCCCCCUUUGACAUCAAAGUCUUUCACAUGCACGUGGAGGGAGACGUGUCACCGCUGCAUCUACCCACCGUGCAGGUCAGUUUCGCUGCAGUGCGCGCAAGGUAUGAGAGUGGGGGUCUCUCUCUAGCCCUGGAUGCAUGGGGAGACUACAUUCUGGUGGCCACGCCCCCCUUUGACAUCAAAGUCUUUCACAUGCACCUGGUGGGGGACGUGUCGCCGCUUCAUUUACCCACCGUGCAGCUGCGCACAGUGCGGGAGCUCUCCAUAAUGUCAGCGCGCAAGCCCCUCGUCUCCAUGCGCUUUGUGCCGCGCACAGGGGACGCAGACGCGCAGGCGGAGGGGGAAAGGCAGGCGGGGAGCGAGGGGAAUCGUGAGCGGGAAGGGGAGGGCCAAGUCGCCAUCACGAGCAGCAGCAGCGAGCAAAGACUGUCCAAGGAGGGGGCGCAGCAGGGGGCAGCGAGGAGAGGAGCAGGCACACAGGCAACCGGGAAAUCUGGAAAAGCUAGCAUACGAGACCCACUGGCAGAGGCGAUGAGGCGGCAGCCCACCAAGUGCAUGCUGCUGCGCACGGAUGGCGACCUGUCUCUGCUGGACCUGGAUAGUGGCAGUGAGAGGGCGCUGGUGGCAGGGGUUGAGAACUUCUGGCUUACCCAGGGGGGGGAUGAGGCUGCUGCUGCGUUGAUCGAGGAGGUGCCCUGGUGGGCGUAUGGUCACAGGGGAAUGCAGGUGUGGUACCCCUCGCUGUACCACGAUGCAUCGGGGCAGCCAGCAGAGGUACAGCAGUUAGACCCAGAGCUCGACUUCGACCGCGAGGUGUACCCGCUGGGGGUGUCGCCUGCCGCGGGGGUGAUCGUGGGAGUCAGUCAGCGCCUGUCGCUCUCCUCCUGUGCCGAGAUGCCCUGCUUUGAGCCCACGCCCCAGGCGCAACCGAUUCUCCCUUGCCUGCUGCGGCACCUGCUGCAGCGCAACAAGAUGGAGGAGGCGGUGCAGCUGGCGCACCUCUCUGCCACGCGGCCGCACUUCUCCCACUCCCUCGAGUGGCUCCUCUUCACCAUCUUUGACGCCGAGACGUCCAGUGCGAGUGCGAGGCGGCGGCGCAAGGAGGUGAACAAGGGCCCGAGUCUGCUGGACCGGGCGUGUGAGCUGAUCCGGCACUUUGGGGAGUACCGAGAUGUGGUGGUCAGCGUGGCGCGCAAGACCGACAGCCGCCACUGGCCCGACCUGUUUGCCUCUGCUGGCAACUCCAACACGCUCUUUGAGGAGUGCUUUGAGAACAAGCAAUAUCGCACCGCCACGUGCUACAUCCUGGUGGUGGAGAAGCUAGAAGGCCCAACCAUCGGUCAGCAAAGCGCCCUGCGGCUCUUGCAGGUGGCAUUGCAAGAAUCGAUGUACGACUUGGCAGGCGAGCUGGUGCGCUUCCUGCUGCGGUCAGGGCGCGAGUACAGCCAGGCGGUGGAGGAGGACGAGAGGGCGAGCGAGAGUCUACUCAAGAGCUUCUUCUCCUUCGGAUUCACCUCCACAGCCCCCAAGGCGAGGGGGGACGUGUUGCACACGACGGUGAAGCACAUACUGGGGGAGAAAGCCACGGCCCUCAUGAGCAGCAAGGAGCUCCGGCAGCUCGUGGCGUUCGUGAAAGGCACCCAGUUCGACUUCACUGAAUUCCUGCGGUCGGAUCGAGGCAGGUCAAUUCGCCUCGAAGACUUUCCCACUGCCCUGCGCACCAUCCGCUACAAGAUCGCCCUGGAGGGCAAUCUACAGAGCAGGCUGGAUGCGGAGUUCCUUUUGGCUCACGUGCGCACCGUGGGCUUUCAUGAGUGGACCGUCGUGCUCGCCACGCUGCUGCAGCGAUCUGAGGUGCUGGCAGAGCUAUUCCAGAACGACAUGAAGCUGUGGACUGCCUAUGUGAGAGCUCUUAAGGUAUGUGCCACGGCUGGUGCAUUUUCAAGGUGA